GCAGCAAUUGUCCUACACUCCUCUUCACAACUCACCGGAGAUAUCCGCGAGUGACUCUGCAACCGGAUUGCGUGCUAUCAGCUCAUUUCAGCUUUCAUUACUUCUGUUAUGCUCGGUUUGUGUCCUUUGGUUCAAGUACAACUUUGUUCUCUCAGCAGCCUGUUCCUGCGAUAUCGCCAUCUCAGGCAUCAUCAUUCUCUUUGCCUUGCAAUACACCGGCGUACAAUUCCACUGGUGGGGCAACAUGGCAUCUGGCAUCCACCAGAGAGCUGUCGAAGCCUGCGGCCACACUGCCAACACAUGUGGCCGGGCCAUCAUCCAGCAUAUCGCCAGGAAAUCUGUCGGCACUAGGCGAUGUGCUGUAACUGACACAACGCCAGGCUCCUAA